AUGGAGCACGCACUCGGUGGGGACGCGGCGGGGCAGGAGGACGAGAAUAAGAAGGAUGGAAGUGUGCCAGGUAAUGCUUGUGACUAUUGCCGGCGCCUCAAGAUGAAGUGUUUGGGGAAGGAGAAUCCGCCAUGCCAGCGGUGUCGGGGAGCGAAGAAGCCAUGUACCUUCGGUGCAGAAGCCAAGGUCAAGCAGCCUUCCGGGACUCAAGCCAUUGAUAAGCGCCUGCAAGGACUCGAAGAUCAAAUGGGAUGGAUUCAGUCGUCUCUCCAAGCGAUGAUUCAUAACCAGCAAGCGAUGGGUAUGGGCGGUAUGCCAGGAGCUAUGCGAGGACCUGGUCCUCCCGGCUCCGCAAUGCCUCAGCAGCCAUGGCCGCCGAGUCAACCUACACCGAUGACCGCAGCUAUGCCUUAUCCGCCUCAUACCUAUCCGGCGUUGCCUGGCAUGAUGAACCAGACCCCUCCCAUGUUCAAUCCCUCCCCGACCUCGUAUCCUGCCCAAGCCUCGCCUUUCCAGUCCAGACCUUCAGGCAGUCAGACCGCAUUACCGCCCCGACCGCCAUCUCCCCGAGUGAGACCACGCCAUCCCCUCGAGACCCCCGACGAGAACACCGAUGCCUCACCCGACAUCCCCCUUCGCUCGCUCGCGUCCCGACUAGAAGUCGCGCGUCUUGUCGCAGACGGGCAUGUGCUAUCUGCCGAGGACGAGCAUGGACGGGAACCAUUGUCCCGCCAAAUGUCUCCAUCUCCGGACGCGGUAUCAUUCGGACACGAGCCAGACGGACGACCUGUCAAGCGGGCCCGCUUCGAAAGCGAUGCGUCAGCGAAGAGCGGCAAGUCGGCGACUGGAGCAGUGAAGCCGAAAGGUCUAAGACAGGCGAUGCCGACGCAAAAGGGGGAUCUGGCGAGGGCAUUCAACGAUCCGGUGGAUAUGGGGAUGUGCUCGGAUGAAGAGGGGAGGAAGCUGGUUGAUCUAUUUUUCUCGGCCUGCCAUCCCUUCAUCCCAGUCUACGACCCGAACAUCGAUACGUGGGACAGCCUGCGUCACCGAUCCCCAUUCUCCGUCUCCGUCCUCAUGCUCGUUGGCAAGCAUGUUGAAGACGCUGGGGGACCACCGAGCGCGCUGCAAUUGAGGUGCAAAGAGCACGCCGAGCUUAUCGGGAAGAGUACAGUCUUCUCGCCAGUCGCGAAUGUCGAGGCGGUUCAGGCGUUGAUGGUGCUGAGCUGCUGGGGAGAUACGGUAUGGAGACCGGGACAUCUCGCUUUCAGCAUUGCGGUGGACAUGGGCCUGUAUCGAUGCCUUCCUUAUCUGGCCGAGACUGGCAUGGGCGCUGGGAAAGACCCGCAGAGCCUGGAAGAAGAGCGUAGUCUGGUCAUAGGUGCCAGGGUAUGGAUAGCUCUGUUCAAGCUGCGUUACGAAAUGGCAUACAAUCAUGGCCGGCCAGUUCUUAUGACCGACGACGAUACGCUCAUGUUUGCGCGCAAGUUUUUGGAACAUCCGCUAUCCUGCCCGUCUGAUAGCCGUUUGGUGGCUAGUUGCGAGUUACUAGCACUACGACUCUCGCUGCAUCAGCCGUUAUCGUAUCGCCCCUCAGUACCAGUUGUCAACUUGGACGCCAAGCUCGUCGAGGCUGACCGGGAUGUCGAGGAUUGGUUCAGGUACUGGGAUAGCUUCUACGAGUCGCACGGUCUGCCUAUUGGUCACUUCUUGAGGGAAUCAUUGAUCAGUCAAAUGUGUCACGCUAUCUUGUACGCAAAUAUGCGCGUCCUGCACACCGUCAAAGAUCGAAAGUCGGCUGCGGCGCUACCGGAACACAGACGGAGCCGGGUGGAGGAUGCUGUACGAGCUGCACAGAGGUUGAUUGACAUGACUCUGCGUGGGAAACAGUACAAGACCACAUUUAUCUACGCCAAUCACUACCAGCACGUCGGCGUCGCCUUUACCGCUCGGACACUUAUCCGCCUCGCCUCGCUCUUUCCGGACAUCGUUGACCUGCGACAGGCUAGCCGAGACCUCGAACAGCUCGUUUCCCUUCUUAGCCAAGUACCUGGAUUCCAGACAGGCCAGAUGAUCGAAGAGGUCCUGCGCCGUGCUCGGCGGAAAAGGGUCCUUCCACCACUAUCAAAACCCCCAUCACCCAGGAUGGGCCAUCAGCGCCUGCACGGAGUGGCCGCCGGGGUCGGGCAACAUGGGAUGGGGCAGUACAGUAGCGACCGGACGUCUUUGGGCGGAGGCUAUAAUCCCGCCGAACAGCAAGCUGGCAUGGGGACUGGGUAUAGUCCGGAUGUGGGCAGUGUCGACAGUCAGCCGAUGUUUGACUUUGGACUUGCAGAGGAGUUACUGGCUGGGCCAGUCGCUGCGAUCCCAGGUGCUUCCGUUCAAACGACCGACCCGGGCGUCAUGGACCCCCUAUUUGACCCGAAUCUCUGGUUCUCUUUCUUCCCUAACGCUGCUGCAGAGUUUGGUGGCGGGCAAGGAGGAGCGGGACAAACGCACGGCGCCUUGAACGAACAGCAGAGAUUCGAAGCUGGUGCGACGGACCCUUUUGCGUUCAAUGGGAAUGGGGACGCUCCGCUUUGGUGA